GUCGCGGACAGAGCAGCAGCAGCGCGCGCCUGUGUGAGCUGAGCGCGGUUACGAUGGAAAGCGACUUUUCUCGCGAUCUGAACAGAAGCAGGAGCGCGAGAGCAGUUUAUUAGAACAGCACUGAUAUCUUAACUCUUCACUGAACACGCAGCACGCUGUUAUUUGUGUAUGGGAGAAUUCCCGGAUGCUUCCCGCGCGCGCAUGGCUGUAGGGUCAUGAUCGCUCUGCCUCCGGACUCUGUGGGAGCGAGCUCGCGGGGUCCGCUGUGGAGGGGUGGGUUAGAGGAGGCGGGGAGAGGCUGCAGACAGCUCGCGGCUCCGGGGGAUCCGGACCGGCAGCGGCACCGCGUACCCAUCCGCUUAAUCAGCAUGCUGACCGCCCGGGGGCACGGGGGGCACCACCCGGACUACCUGCACCCCCUGCCCUCCACCCCCACCAGUCCCAUAGAGCUGGAUGCCAAGAAGAGUCCCCUGGCCCUCCUGGCACAGACAUGUUCUCAAAUCGGGAAGCCUGACACUCCACCCUCCUCUAAACUCCCCAGUCAGUCUGGUAGCAAGGACUCUAAAUCUGCACCGCUAAAGAUCAGCGACAUUGGAGCGGAAGAUAAAUGUAGUUUUAAACCCUACGCCAAGUCCCCAGACAAGAAAAGCUCACCUUCGAGCGGAGAUAAGUGCGGUUUCCGGGUGCCGAGCGCCCCCUGUCGCCCAUUCACCCCAGGGGUGGGAAGGCCAAGCUCAUGCAGCCCUUCUUCUCCUCAGGUCACAGACUCUAAAUCAGGAGAUAGAGAAGAGAAGAAGGAAUCUGAGAAUCAUAAUAAAGCAUCUCCAGGUGAGGGAUCUGGUUUGGUAAGCUCCAGUAGUGGUUCAGGGGUCAGUGGUGAGACAAGUCAACAGCAGGAAACGUCCAAGACCUCUACAUCUGAAACAACCAUUGUUUCUUCAGCGUCAUCAAGCAUUGGGUCUGGACUGGUGGCUCCAGUUUCUCCGUACAGGGCUGGUCACACCGUUUUCCCUCUAGCCCCUGCUGGAGUAUCGUUCCCUGGUGGAUUGGCAGGGGCGUAUGCCAGCUACCCCCAGCAAUUCCUCUCCCAUGGUGUGACACUGGACCCAACCAAGUCUAGCAGUCAGUUGCUAAGUGCGCAAUUAGCUGCUGCUAGCUCGCUAGGUAGUAAAACUGGGACAAGCCCACUGACUGGAGCUUCUCCACCAUCCAUCAUCUCAGCGGGCCUGUGCCGAGACCCAUAUUGCCUUAGCUAUCACUGCGCUAGCCAGCAUUUACCAGGUGCUGCUAGCGCUAGCGGCGCACAUGAUUCCCAUGCAGCUCUAAAAUACCCUCUGCUUUACCCCACUCACUCCCUGCCUGGAAUCCCUUCCUCCGCCACGUUAAGCGGUCACCCGUUGUACCCCUACGGCUUCAUGCUCCCUAACGACCCACAGCCACAUGUCUGCAACUGGGUUUCUGCUAACGGACCUUGCGACAAACGCUUCUCCUCUUCGGAAGAUCUGCUGAAUCACCUGCGGACUCAUACCGCAUUUGUUGGAACGGACAAGUCAAUUGCAGGAUAUCCAGGGUCACCGUCCUUAGCGGCUGCUAUGGCCUGCCACAUGCACAUACCCCCAACCGCGGGUCCUGGAGGUCCCGGGGUUCCUGGGGGUCCACUGGCACUCAGAACCCCACAUCAUGCGCUAGGACUUGGUCGCUAUCAUCCUUAUUCCAAAAGCCCCCUGCCAGCCCCUGGUGCCACAGGGUCCUAUUACACCCCCUAUGGGCUGUACGGACAGAGACUGACCACUGCGUCCACCCUGGGCUACCAGUAAACCCCAGAACUCUGGAUUUUGUAAAGGAGGAUGAGAUUAUUAAUAAAAUAACUGAGUGUCCAUCUCAGGACUGGAUCUUAUUUAUUUACGUUAGAUAGAAGUAAAAAAAAUAAAUAAAUCAACAACAAAAAAUUACAUUCAUGACAGACUUCAAGUGCUUUAUUUGAAAAUAUGAACUGAAUUGAUAUGAAAGUUUGGUCCCAGAUGCCUUGCUCUCUAUAGUCUUCAUAAAAAAUGUAAUGAAGCUUAUAUAUUUCAAUGUGUUAGACAGAGAAAAAAAGGUCUGUACUGUUAAACUCAGGGAACAUUAAAAGGCCAUUAAAACAUUCCUGUAAUCUGUUUUACUGUUAUUGAUAAUGUUAUAAAAGGAGAGCCGGUGAACAAAUUGUAGAGGAUUUUAAUAUAACUUGCUUUUUCUAUAGGCCGAUAUGUGUAUCUCAUUUCUUUGAAUAAAUUAUGUGAGAUUAAAAGUA